UACUGAUCGAUAGUAAGAAAAAUGGCGCCUUCCCCGGAGGGAUUAAUCGCCGUACAAAAGCAAAUUUUUACAAAAAUUAGCAACAAUGAAGUGUCUGAGCUCAAGACAUUGUUGGCGGCAAACAAAAUUAAAAUGGAUUUUGUUGAUGAAAAUGGUAUGAGUCCACUUCAACAUGCCUGUUACAAAGGAAAUAAGGAAAUAGUGCAGAUGCUUCUAGAUCAGGGAGCAGAUGUGAAUGCAUGUCAACACGAGCAUGCAUAUACAGCUUUGCAUUUUGCAGCCCUUAGUGGAAAUGCAGAACUCUGUCAUCUUUUAAUGUCUUAUGGAGCACGUUUGACAGCAACAAACAGUGUAGGACGGACUCCGGCACAGAUGGCAGCAUUUGUGGGAAAUCAUAACUGUGUAGCAACUAUCAACAAUUUUAUUCCAAAAGCUGACAUAGAUUAUUAUGUUAAACCACAAGGUUUGCAAACAGAAUCAAUGCUUCCACCGCAUCUAGCAGAUUCUUUCCAUAAAUUUAUAAUGCAAAUCAAUGUGCAUCCUGUGCGUGUGGCUAUGAAUUUACAAAGAUAUCCUGGUCUUUUAGAAAAUGCAGCUAAGGUACAAAAGGUUUUAGAAUCUAUGCACCAUAAAGAAAUGACAAGAGGUGCAGAAACAAACGAAGUGAUGGCGUUUAAAUAUCAUUAUUUAAGUUGCAUUGUAGCCGAGGUAAUCAAGUUUCAAAAGAGACAGGAAGCAAUGAAAGCAGAGAAAAUUGAUAAAACAAACGAGGAAGGAGAAGAAAAGAAAUCAGAUACUAUCGAAGGUCUAAUAAGAAAAUUUCUAAAAUGUAGCAAAAGCGACGGUGUACCAGAAUACCAGGAAGCUUUUUUGAGAGAAAGCGUGAGAGAAUUUCCAUAUAGAGAAAGUACUAUUUUUCGCCAAAUGGUAGCAACUCUUGCAGCCAGCGAUCCACCAUCUGCUGCGUCAGUAGUAUCAGCUGCAAUUGAUGGUCAAAGAGCUUUCUUAGACAAUGCUCAAGUCUGCAUUACUUGUGGAGAAGAUAAAGCAAAUAAAAAGUGCAGCAAAUGUAAAGCGGUGCAAUAUUGUGACAGGGAAUGCCAAAGACUUCAUUGGUUUAUGCAUAAAAAGGCAUGUACCAGAUUAGGUCAAAAUGUAACGCCAAGUGCGAAGAUAAGCGACGCAGAUAAGGAACAAAUAAGCAAUGCUGUGAGCUCUAGGCUACAAAAUCUAAGUGUUAACUAAUAACACAGUAAUAAAUAAAAAAAUCAAUUCUAAACAAUUAA